GUGCUACCCACAGCCUGCGUCAGCCAACCCAGCUAUUUAAGCAGGCUGGCUUCAGUCAAUUUAGCUUCCAAAUCCAGGGCUUGCUGUUGCCACUUCCACGGCAGAAGGCUGGCACUGGCAGAACAGCUUGCCCAGGCUUCGUGACAAGGGGCUUCUUUCCUUGAGGACCGAGUCCUGCAGCUUGGGUCCCCUUAGUUCCUGUGACUCCGACGGCCCUUUCUUCCAUACGGAAAGCUCAGAUUGCUGCAGCUCUUGUUGGCAAGUGGCAGCUGUACUAGCCGUGUCGGGACCAUGUCUGCGGAGACCGCGAGCGGCCCCACUGAGGACCAGGUGGAGAUCCUGGAGUACAACUUCAACAAGGUCAACAAGCACCCGGACCCCACCACGCUGUGCCUGAUCGCGGCCGAGGCCGGCCUUUCCGAGGAGGAGACCCAGAAAUGGUUCAAGCAGCGCCUGGCCCAGUGGCGGCUAUCAGAAGGCCUACCCUCAGAGUGCAGAUCCGUCACAGACUGAGGAGAUGGUGGUCAUUGGCGGCUUCCCUCCAUGAAGACCAUCUGCUGUUUCUCUCCUCGGCUUAAUCAAGCUCUUUCGGUUUUUCAGUGUAGUGUCAUAUGCUCCUCUGUUAGCUGUCCUGCUAUUUAACACAACGUUGUAUUUUUUUUUUUUUAAAUGUACAUAACUAGAAAAGAAAAUAACAAUAGGAAGCUAUGGGCAGCUUCUGUGUAAAGCAGUGGCUUGGCUGGAAGUGGUGUGGCUUGCGUUUCCUUCGGGUCAUGAUGACAGAUGGUGUGAAAACCAUCUAAGUUUAUUUUUUGACCAUCACCUCCCAGUAACAAUUUACUUUCACCAUCCAUUUCAGAGUAGACAAGGCCUCUGUUGAAAAGACAGCAUGACCAAGAGGGAGAAACAUUCCUUCUAAUUCUACUUCCCUAAGUCAUUUUCCUUGUGUUUCAUUUAAUACAUUGAGAUUGAGUGAGAAUGCAGAGGGAAUUUGAGUUAUUCAGACUCCAUAAAGCAGUUCCUUGGAUUAUAGCUGAAUUAACUUGGAAAGCACUCAGGCUGGAAGACAGAAACUUCCACUGGCAGAAAAUCAAGUAACUAAGGAAAAAAAGCCACAAAAGUCUUGAAUUUACCUUAUUUAAAUGCAUUUGUUAAAUUCAUUUUGCUAAACAAAAUGAACUGCUUUUUGUCUCUAAAAUGAUAUUCUAAAUAAAACCUUAACAUUUUGUUGAAAAU